AUGGACGGACUUCUGGCGGUGCAUCUUCGCCCUUCUCAUCCCCAAGGUAAUAGUAAUCAGGCGAAACAGUUCUGGAUUGCAUACACUGCAGGGCUAGGCAUCCGGCUCCUCUUUUUCCCCUAUCUCAUCAUCCUUGGUCUGACGCUUCACCGCAGGACUGAGGCUCUCUUUGGGUCGCUUUCCGGAUACCGAAAACCUGUGUCGUGCCCACGUCGUGCCAGACAGGUGGAGGCAUGCUGGCGAGAGGACGGCUCAAAUGAGGCCAUUUCGAGUCCGGUCGCAAGGUCCGGCCAGACCAAGGAGACGUGGAAACGCAUGAUGGUACCGUUCGAGUUAAUGGGAAAUGCUGCGGGCUGGUUGCUUCGGAAUUCUAAAAAUGAGAGUCUUUGA